AUGUCGUCUCUCUCUCUCUCUCUCUCUCUCUCUCUCUCUCUCUCUCUCUCUGUGUGUGUGUAUAUCCCUACGCCCGCCGCACCCCUCUCUUCUCCCCUAGGCUCGCACGACGCUUAUCCCAACGCAGUCGUCGCCCUCCACCUUUUGUUCUUCCAAGCGCCGGUUCGGAGCCCCCCGUGUCCGAGAUAUACUUUGUUUCCUCAAGGAGAAAACGUGGGAGAAUAAUAGAGAGAGAGAGAGAGAGAGAAAG